AUGGAGCAACACGGACUGAUGAGCGGUCUUCCUUCGAACUAUGCACUUCUUGACUUUCGUCAUAUGGCCCAAAUCAAGAGCGCAGCAGAACAUGUGCUUGAUCAGCUAACCAGGAACGAGGGCGGAAAUCAAUUUCUCGUUGUCUUGGGCAUUACUGAAUCAGCUCGCCAGCGACUUGACAACGGCAAAGAGUGCCUUGGGGGCAUCACAUUUCGGUUUAUGUGGGAGGGCACCACAGCAUUGAUAAAAGUGAUCCCAACUCUGCAACAUGACGUGACCACCAGAUCGAUUACAGAGGAAGUCGGCUAUAAGCUCCGCUCCCAAAUGGGCAUUUCCAGAGAUAGCAUAAUGUUCGGAAACACAACCACCCACAAAUCCUCCGUUGGCAAUAAAGGGAAACAGCCCGACGACUGCUUUUGGCCUCCAUCGAGGCAGGGCGGGCCCAACCACGCACACGGCUGGCCCACUCUUGUUGUUGAGACAGGAGUUUCCGAGUCUUUGCCAAAAUUGCGAGAAGAUGCUCACUGGUGGUUUCAUAAUUCCUCCGGUCAGACUCGCUUUGUUCUUGUCGUUUCCAUCUCGCGUCGUCAGCACCGAGCCCUUGUGGAAAAGUGGCAGUUGGCUCCCCCAGGUACACCACGUCCAAUCACCAGAUUUUUGCGAAACCAACUCAGCAAUCAGCCCCCUCCUCGUGUGCAACAGCCCGCCGCCUCCCAACAACCCUUCUGUGCGCAAGAGAUCAUGAUAACCGCCGCUUCAGUCACUGGGGCUCCCCUGGUCCUCAAUUUUGAGACCCUCUUUGAUCGCCCCCGUCAGGGACAGGAAGCGGAUAUCGUUCUGGAUGCUAAUGAUCUGCGCCAUUGUGCCAGAGUGGUCUGA